UUGUGAUUGUGCUUUAAACAAAAGGAAUUCAAGCAGACUGUAGUGUAUUUUGUGUUUAUUUGAUACAAUUUUGUGAUGCCAUGGGGAGUGUGCACAUGAUCCGUCUUUUGAUUGUGCUGUUAACAUUAGUUCGUUGUAAUGGUAACUUCGAACCUGUUUGCAAAUUUUAUAGAAUUAAAACAAUAUAUAAACCAGUAGGUUGUUACCACUUCAGCUUCUACUCAAAAGAAUUACUGUCGAAAGAUGUUGUCCAAUAUGAAGCAACUGAUUUAACGUUUUAUAACAGUACCAUUGGCAAAAUUCCUGCCCUUGCAUUUCACGAUUUUUCAAAUUUAAAACUACUGAACCUUAGUAAUAGCGAUAUUACCGAAAUAGAGCUCGGAGCUUUCUUAGGCUUGACGCAACUGAAAAACUUACAUUUAGAAAAGAACCCUCGAUUGACUAUAAUCAACAGAGGCAGUUUUAAAGGUUUAGGCAAUUUGGAUACGAUAUAUUUAAAUGAAAACAAUUUUAAUGUACUGCCUAACGACACGUUUUCUGAUCUUCCAAAUGUUACGUUAAUAGAUUUGUCCCAAAAUAAGUUGAGUUCAGUGGACGAUAGUAUAUUUUCUGGACUUGCAAAAUUAUCAUCACUCAAUCUGAGUUCAAACCAUCUGAAGUUGCUCCCAUUUGGAAUGUUUAAGGAUUUAAAGAAAUUGGUGAAGUUAGAUCUAUCUCACAAUCUCCUAACAAAUAUUCCCGUUGGAUUAGUAUCUGGUUUAGAGGCUUUGCAGCUCUUCACGAUUUCACAUAAUCAACUCAUUCGAAUAGAGCCAACAUCACUUUACAGUUCAGUAGGCCUGAUACAAUUAGAUGUAUCUUAUAACCGUUUAAGUAAUUUGGAUGCGAUAGAGUUUUCCACAUUGAGUAGGAAUCUAUCGCGCGUAAAUUUAGAUAACAACCAGUGGAAAUGCGACGUUCUGUCCAACAUUAUCAAAACAUUUAGAAUCAAUAAAGUGUAUGUUGUACCUGGGAGCGCAUUCCUUAUAAAUAAUGUGCACGGAAUACAUUGCACUACUUCAUCGCCAAAUGAAACGACUAUUUCGAACAGUAAUAAAUACAGUUCAAUAAACGUUUUACUGGAAAUCGUUGAGAAAAUGUCCAUUAAUAACAAUCUGAUGGACGAAAUGAACGCUGCCUAUAAAAAUCAUACGGAAAUCCUUCAAAAUCUUUUGGAACUCGAACAUGUAAAAUCCAUUUCGACGUCACAGUGUAACGCAAACUGGAUUAGUCAUGCGAAUUUAUAUUUGAUGGUUAUAAUUGUGAUUGUGCUAAGUGUUCUUUGUUUUACAUACGUUCGCAACAGAAGGCAUACUUAUAUUUCUGACACACUCAAUCCCAUUAAUUCCAGCCUUCUUUAUAACAAAGCAGAUGAAGAGCCAGUAUAAAUAAAGGGGAAAAGUUUGUGAAUUGUCCCUUCUGAAAAUUGUUUACAUAAAUCAAGUAUACAAUAUAGACUGUUAAAAUCAUUAUGUUGUUUGACGAAGAAAAUGUUAUUUCAUAAUAUAAACUUGUUGGUAUAAUACUAACAGUUAGAUUAACUGUGAAAGUUCUGUCUCGUGUAAUAUUACUAUUUUGUAAAAGUAAUA